UCCUUCCGAGAGCGCAGACCUCUCGGCGGGGAUCGAGAGGACGCAGUGCGCUGGCGGCCGCCCCGGACCUCGCUCCAGCUCCUGCUGCAGCCCAUCGCUGGGUCCAGUGCUCAGACUCGGAGCGCACAGCUCGCGCCCCGGGCAGCGGCUUGUCCCGGGAGCCCCGAUCGCGGGGCAGGGCGCAGGGCGGCGGCUGGCUGGGGAUGGGCGGCCCGGCUGCGGCGCGGAUCGGCGCCGGGGGGCUCCGCGCGCUGCUGCUGGCGCUGGUGGUCGCGGGGGUCCCGGCCGGUGCCUACAACCUCGACGCGCAGCGCCCAGUGCGCUUCCAGGGCCCCGCGGGCUCCUUUUUCGGCUACGCGGUGCUGGAGCACUUCCACGACAACACGCGCUGGGUCCUCGUGGGUGCACCAAAGGCAGAUUCUAAAUAUAGCACUUCAGUAAAGUCCCCCGGAGCUGUGUUUAAGUGUCGUGUCCAUACCAACCCUGACCGGAGAUGCACCGAGCUGGACAUGGCUCGAGAGAGGACUCGUGGUGAGCUCUGUGGGAAGACCUGCCGGGGAGACCGAGAUGAUGAGUGGAUGGGAGUGAGCCUGGCCCGGCAGCCCAGAGCAGAUGGCCGUGUUCUGGCCUGUGCCCAUCGUUGGAAGAACAUCUACUACGAAACAGACCACAUCCUGCCCCAUGGAGUCUGCUACCUCAUCCCUUCCAACCUCCAGGGCAAAGGCAAGGUGCUGAUCCCCUGCUAUGAAGAGUAUAAGAAGAAGUAUGGGGAGGAACAUGGCUCCUGCCAGGCCGGGAUAGCAGGCUUCUUCACCGAGGAGCUGGUGGUCAUGGGCGCCCCAGGCUCAUUUUAUUGGGCUGGGACACUCAAGGUGCUGAAUGUCACAGACAACACGUAUUUUAAGCUGAACGAUGAAGCAAUUAUGAGCAGAUGGAACACUUACCUGGGCUAUGCAGUGACGGCUGGCCAUUUCUCUCAUCCGUCCAUCACGGAUGUGGUAGGAGGUGCUCCACAGGAUGAAGGCAUUGGAAAGGUUUAUAUAUUUAGAGCUGACCGAAGAUCAGGGACCUUAAUAAAGAUCUUUCAGGCUUCAGGGAAAAAGAUGGGAUCUUACUUCGGCUCCUCCUUGUGUGCAGUCGACCUGAACAUGGAUGGCCUCUCAGACCUGCUCGUGGGGGCCCCCAUGUUUUCUGAGAUCAGAGAUGAGGGGCAGGUCACCGUCUACCUCAACCAAGGACACGGAGCCCUUGAGGAACACCUGACCCUGACCGGAGACGCCGCCUACAACGCACACUUUGGGGAGAGCAUCGCCAGCCUGGGGGAUCUUGAUGAUGAUGGGUUCCCAGAUGUGGCUGUCGGUGCACCCAAGGAGGAUGACUUUGCUGGCGCAGUCUAUAUCUAUCAUGGCGACGCCAAUGGGAUCGUCCCCCAGUACUCAAUGAAGCUGUCUGGAAGGAAGAUAAACCCGGCCCUGCGGAUGUUUGGGCAGUCCAUAUCAGGGGGCAUUGAUAUGGAUGGAAAUGGCUAUCCUGAUGUCACCAUCGGAGCCUUCCUGUCCGACAGCGUGGUCCUCCUCAGGGCCAGACCGGUCAUCACUGUGGACGUCUCCAUCUUCCUGCCGGGCUCCAUCAACAUCACAGCACCUCAGUGUCAUGAUGGACAGCAGCCUGUGAACUGCCUGAACGUCACUGUGUGCUUCCGGUUCCACGGCAAGAAUGUACCAGGAGAAAUCGGUCUGAACUACAACCUGACGGCUGAUGUGGCGCAGAAGGAGAAGGGCCAGCUGCCCAGAGUCUAUUUUGUGUUGCUGGGGGAGACUGCCGGGCAGGUCUCAGAAAGUCUACAGCUGGCCCACAUGGACGAGGUGUGUCAUCACUACGUGGCCCACGUCAAGCGGAGGGUCCAGGACGUUAUCAGCCCCAUUGUGUUUGAAGCUGCCUACAGCCUGGGUGAGCACGUGAUGGGCGAGGAGGACCGGGAGCUGCCGGACCUGACACCAGUGCUUCGCUGGAAGAAGGGACAAAGGAUUGCCCAGAAGAAUCAGACAGUUUUUGAAAGGAAUUGCAGAUCCGAGGACUGUGCUGCCGACCUGCAGCUGCGGGGGAAACUGCUGCUUUCCAGUGUUGACGAGAAAACCCCACACCUAGCUUUGGGGGCUGUGAAGAAUAUCUCUCUAAACAUCUCCAUCUCCAACCUCGGGGACGAUGCCUAUGACGCCAAUGUGUCCUUCAACGUCUCCAGGGAACUCUUCUUCAUCAACAUGUGGCAGAAGGAGGAGAUGGGCAUUUCCUGUGAGCUGCUAGAAUCGGACUUCCUCAAGUGCAGUGUGGGAUUUCCUUUCAUGAGGUCAAAGUCUAAGUAUGAAUUCAGUGUCAUCUUCGAUACAAGCCACCUGUCCGGGGAAGAGGAAAUUCUCAGCUUCAUUGUGACUGCUCAGAGUGGCAACAUGGAGCGCUCUGAAGCCCUGCAUGACAACACUCUCACACUGACAGUGCCACUGGUGCAUGAAGUGGACACGUCCAUCACCGGAAUUGUGUCCCCAACCUCCUUCGUGUACGGCGAGUCUGUGGAUGUCGCCAACUUCAUUCAGCUGGACGACCAAGAGUGUCAUUUCCAACCAGUCAACAUCACCCUCCAGGUCUACAACACGGGCCCCAGCACCCUUCCUGGAUCAUCUGUCAGCAUCUCCUUCCCCAGUCGGCUGUCACCUGGUGGCGCAGAGAUGUUCCAGGUCCAGGACAUGGUGGUGAGCCAAGAGAAGGGUAACUGCUCUCUACAAAGGAACCCAACCCCCUGCAUCAUCCCUCAAGAGCAAGAGAACAUCUUCCACACCAUAUUUGCUUUUUUCUCCAAGUCCGGAAGAAAAGUGUUGGACUGUGAAAAGCCAGGGAGCUUCUGCCUAACAUUGCACUGCAACCUCAGCGCUCUGCCUAAAGAGGAGAGCCGCACCAUCGACCUGUACAUGCUACUGAACACAGAGAUACUGAAGAAGGACAGCUCCUCUGUCAUCCAGUUCAUGGCUCGAGCCAAGGUGAAGGUGGAACCUGCCCUGAGAGUGGUGGAGAUAGCUAACGGGAACCCGGAAGAGACGCUGGUGGUCUUCGAGGCCUUGCACAAUCUGGAGCCCCGCGGCUACGUUGUGGGGUGGAUCAUCGCCAUCAGUUUGCUGGUGGGGAUCCUCAUUUUUCUGCUGCUGGCUGUGCUGCUGUGGAAGAUGGGCUUCUUCCGCAGAAGGUACAAAGAAAUCAUUGAAGCUGAGAAAAAUCGGAAAGAGAAUGAAGAUGGUUGGGACUGGGUCCAGAAAAACCAGUGACCUGCCAUGCCAGCCAUGUGAUGCCCUCUGUCCCCAUCACCAGUGACCCGCCAUGCCAGUCAUGUGAUGCCCUCAUGUCCCCAUCACCAGCCUGUGGUCCUUGAUCUUUGUAUCUUCCAUAUUUGGAAGAAUGAAAUCUUCCUCAGAUUUUUCGGAGGCCCCACUGAUGCUGUUCUCUUCCUCAUCCUGCCAAGCCCGGUGCCGACCUGAGAUGGCCACCUCCAGCCAGGUCACAUGACUGGGGCCACCACCACUCCCCUUCACAAGAUGAACUCAGAACUUUGGAAAGACAAGCUGCAGAGCAAAGCAAUAUUUAUGGAUACAUUGUGUGGUCAACCCUCAGGGGAAAACUGUUACCUAAAAGUAUUUUUUAUAAAUGUAAGCCUUUUAUAUUGAUCAUGUCUUUAUAUUUGUAUCAAUGUUUUAUUAUUUCUAUUAAAUAGUUCUAUAAGUCACUCAAGCACUGAAAUCUUGGAAAUACAUGUACCUGCAUACAAAUUUUAAAAGAGAAGGAACUUAUUCUACUUUGGAACUUAUUGCUAGAGAAGAAAAAGAAAAACUUGCAGAUCAAACUGAGGAAACCUUGUGAAAUGAAUCCGCCAAGCUGGAAAGCACUGCAAAGGCACCAAGGAUAUGGACAAGACCACCUAAGACUUUUAUUCCCCAUUGUUACCACCUGGAGUCAAGUUCAGAGAGUUCGAAGUAUCAGUGUUUUCUCUUAUGGACCUCUCACUGGGAGAUUCUCGGCAGGAACUGGGAUGGAAAGCCUAGUUUCUUCCCAGUAGAUGCUCUGUGCCACCCUGAUGCAUGCAGCAGGCACUAAAUCCUCCUCUGGAGUCAGCAAGUGCUGGAUGGACAACUGGUCAACCUCAGAAUAGCAUCUCAUCCCAGACAACAUGCCAGAGUUCAAAGCCCAGGACUGAAGCUUUGCUCUUUCAGCAAAGACCUGUGUCUCUGUGUGUAAGCUGUUACCUUGUGGAGCUCUCCAUUUCCUCUGUCACUCUUGCUGUCCCCAACUGGUGGUGCUGCAGAUACCUUCCCAGAGAGGAUCACCCGACACAAUUUGUGUUUAUGUCUUAGGUGGAAUUCUCAAGAGUCAAACCCUGAAAUAGGACUUGGGUGUAAAUAAUUUAUUGAGGAAGUCUUCCCAGAAGGUUAACAGUGAGGAAGUUGAGAAUACAAGAAGACAGGAAAGUAUGGGGAGCCAGGCAACGUUUGUCCCUUCAGGGGGACAGUCCACGAGGUGGCUUCAAACCAGUUAGAUCGAGUGGGCAAGUCAGGCUCAGGAACCUGAUCCCACACCUGCAGGGGAUAUAAACUUUCUGCCCUUAGUUCUUGCUGACAAGAUGACUCUGUCCUCUAGAGGAGAACUUCAGGGGCACCCUCAAGUAAGACCCAGAAAUCAUGCAAUGAAUUCAGAGCCAAGAGCUUUGGUGCCCCUUCCCCGACAUGAGGGAAUGCUCCCUUCAGUUUUGGGUAACCCAAAAAGCCAUAAGUCUAAGUUGGUCCUGGAAGUCAAACAUUGCGUCUGACCCUGGAAUGGAGACAGUGGUCACUACAAGGAAGGAGCAGCCCAGGAAACCAGUGCACAGUUAGGUCUUAAGUUUUAUCAGAAGAAAUAAGGAAAGAAGUCUUGGCUUUACCAGCCAUGUACAUGCUGGUCUGUGGGUCCGGUACUGUGCUGGAUGCUGGUGGAUCCCCUGAAAACAGUCACCUCGUGCCUCAGGGUGAUAAGCCAUCCCACAAUAGGUGCAGAGUGGAUUCUUCAUGAACCCCCUUUGCAGCUGUCCUGUGAUUGUGACUCGUGUUGUGGUUUCCUUUAAUCAAUUGAGAAUCUUAGGUGGUGAGACCACUACAGAACCAUCUGCAGUUAUAGCCAAAAUGCAUCUGUCCCCACUGGCUUACUUCCUGCCAAGGGUAUGGGUGCGUUAGUGGAGGGUGACUCACGCAUACACCUCAGCUAGCCAGCAGAGCCGCACCUGAGAAAGCGUGGAAGGCAGGGAGGGCAGAGUCAGCUGGAAUCUGGCCACUUGUGCCUGCUCUCAAACGGUGAAAUGCCAUGAAUAGUCAUGUGCUCAGAAGGUCACUACUUCAGAAGGCAGAUUUUAAGAAAACUAAGCGGUAUAUCUGAUAGCAAAUCCUAAAAGGCACCUUAGGGGAGAGGAGGCCACUUUGCCUAUCUGCUGAUGUUGAGAGCUAGGGGUGUGGCUGCCUGACACAGGCAGGGAAGGGGGUGGAGCACUGUCUUGGAAUUUUCUCUGCUGGGUAGUUCAGCAUCUCCAUGCCAGUCUUCUGCAGGUGAGCAGGAAAAGUGCACAGGUGGGCUGAUGUGUCUGUGCUACCUCUUUCUGGAACAUUCUUUUUAAGAGCCUGCUGCGGUAGCCUGGGCUUUCGCCUGCCUCUGAGUUCAUUCUGUAGCCAUUCUCCAGGGCGCUACCAUUUUUCUGCUUCUGUUUUUCAGUUGUGUCUUCUGUGGUUUUAACCAGCUCAAGAAAGUCUAGAGCAUCCCCAAAGUGAGCCCUGCCACAGAGCGGCUAUGAAACGCAGACACACGAGAACACCAGCUGGAGGGACCAGGGUCAGUUGACCUCACACACCCUGUGUCCCCGUCGCUAAGGUCUCGGGUGGUGCUUUGGGAAAGCACUUCAGAGCCCAGUGGUUUGGCAGGCUGCAUGAAGUCGUCCAUCCUAGUCCUCUGUCCAUCCAUCCUUGCACCCACACCACCCCCGUGCACCAAAUAUCACAUGACCUGCUAAAGCCAAAGGCAAGGGGAUUCGCAGUAAACAGCAUACUGCUAAGACACCCCAGUGACCCAUGACCCCUGUUGUGUUCUACCUGUUGAGCCCCAGUGUGGAAAUGUUAUUCACAUUUAUUUAAGGAUGAGACCGCUUUAUACCUGAUUACCUGGGAAACAUAAACCUAGGAAAGGAAUGCCCAAUGUCAACUUCCUGAGAUUUAGAGGUACUACAAAGCAUUGUCAUUUGAUGGGUGGGGUAGGGUGCAGCUCAGUGACAGAGUGCUUGCCGGACACAGGGGAAGCACUGGGUUUAUUCCCUAGUAUCCCCUCCCCCAAAUAUCACUAGGGGGGGCCUCCCUUUAGUAAACAAAAGGCAGAAACUGAAUAUUCUCAAUGAUUUCCUGGCGAACAGAGAAUUUGAGUAGAUGUGGUUUGAGGUGGGGGAGUAUAUGUUCUAUGAUAAUGACUGAAGGGCUCUGCAGAGACCCUGGGGCCAAGCGAGCCUUCUAGAAGGCCCUCUGGGUUUUCUGCACCAGGGGAGAGUUGAAUAAAUCCCUGAGGUGUGGCGCUCUCUAGGGCUGAUCUGCAUUUCAAUCUAUUAAAGUGUUUGGUUUGCUUUGUUUGAUGUGCGCGCGGUUGGAGGUGUGAGCUUAAGCUUUCUGAGUGGUUUGUUGCAAGGCAGGCACCGCUGCUGUCUGCAUGUCUGCAGCCUUGCUGAGGUGCACACUCACACACACACACACACACACACACACACACACACUGCCUGGGAGGAUCUGGUGUGAGAGGGCUGUCCUCCUUCGCUGUGUCUGUGAGUUCAUGCCUAAUUCUGCAGUCACUUCUGAAUCACUUGCACUGUUUGGGAGAUGCCAGGUUUACAAAACUGUUUAGAAUAAAACAAAAUAUGGCUUCAAAUGA